AUGGAGGAUGGGGACAAACACAAGCUCUUUGUUGGCAGCUUGCCGCCUGACAUCACAGAUGAGGAAAUCACCAGUACCUUCGGAACUUAUGGAAACGUUGUGGAACACCACAUCAUGAGGGGCAAGUCCACUUCGGGGCAGGCUUGUGCCUUUGUGGUGUUGGACAGUAAAGCUGCUGGUGACAACGCCAUCUCCUCCAUGGACAAUACCAUGCCAGUCCGAGAGGGCGGAACUCCGAUCCGCGUCUCUUGGGCCAAGAAAGGAGGAGGAGGAGGCUCAUAUGGAGGAGCGUCGGUUUGCGUUUGCUGUUUGUGCUUUGCAAUAUGA